CGUGAAGCAAGAAAACAAUUUCAAGAAUUUCAGGAUUCUGUAAAACCAAAUUUAUAAUAUUUGAACGGAUGGCGCUAUUUUAAACCAAAAAAAUAUGGUAUAAGAAAGAGGAAUAAUAGGGCGACGAACAUUCUAAACAACUAUAAAUGGUAAUUAUAGUUGAUAUUUUUUUUUAUGAAGAUGAAAUAAUUAUUAAUAAAUUGGCAAGACAAUAUCAUAAUACAAUAUUAAAUAAGAUAUUAAAAUGGAUGAGGCAAAGUUUUUAAAACGAAAAGUAAGAUCUGGUACUUUGGAUGUACAUCCAACAGAAAAAGCUUUAGUAGUAAACUAUGAUGUUGAAGCAUUAAUUUUGGGUGAAUUAGGAGAUCCAAUGUUAGGUGAUCGUAAAGAAUGUCAAAAAAUAAUUCGACUAAAAAGUUUAAAUGCAGAUACGAAUGUAUCACUUUUAGCUAAAGAAGUGAUAGAAAAAUGUUCUUUAAUACAUGAAUCAAAACUUCGUGAAGUAGAACAAUUGAUUUAUUAUCUUCAAAAUCGUAAAACAAGUGAUAGUUGUACAAGCAAUGAUAAUACUCAACCUUUAAGACCAACAUCAUCAAAUUCAAUAUCUACGGAUAAUGGUGAAAUAGAACGUGCUGUUAUUAGUAAUGUUGAUAAUUAUAUUGAACUGUUAUAUGAAGAAAUACCAGGCAAAAUUAAAGGUUCAUCACUAAUUUUACAAUUAGCAAGAGUACCUGAUAAUCUUCAUGAGCUAACAAAAAAUGAAUCUUUAUUGAGUGCUUUAGCCAGAGUUUUAAGAGAAGAUUGGAGACGUAGCAUAGAAUUAUCUACAAAUAUUAUAUAUAUUUUUUUUUGUUUUUCAACAUAUAGUCAAUUUCACAAUAUUGUUCUUGAAUAUAGAAUUGGAUCUUUAUGUAUGGAUAUAAUCGAUUUUGAAUUAUGUCGAUAUGAUCAAUGGAAAGAAGAUAUGGAAAAACGUAAACGUCAUUUUGAAAAUACUACAGGAUUAACAUUUUUUUCGAGUGGAAAUGAUAAUUGUGACAAGAAAAUAAAAAUUGCUGAUGAUAUUUGGAAUACAGAUGAUCCUUUAGAUUAUGAAAUUAAAAAAAGAUCCAAUGAAAUAACUAUUACUGAAAAUGAUGUAAAAAAAUUAAAAGAAGAAUUUGAAAAAAAUAGAAAAAAAUUUAAAAGUUUAAUAAAAAAACAAGAGCAAUUAUUACGAGUUGCAUUUUAUUUAUUAUUAAAUAUUGCUGAAAAUAUGGAAGUUGAAAGAAAAAUGCGCAAGAAAAACGUAAUUGGAAUGCUCAUCAAAACAUUAGACAGAACAAAUAUUGAUCUAUUAAUACUUGUCAUUGCAUUUCUAAAAAAAUUAUCAAUAUUUCGUGAGAAUAAAGAUCUCAUGGCUGAGGAAAGUAUAAUUGAAAAGAUACCAAGACUUCUUCAAAGUAAUAAUGUAGAUCUUAUUCUUAGUACAUUAAAAUUAUUAUUUAAUCUUUCUUUUGAUGCAAAGCUUAGAGCUAAAAUGAUAAGAGUUGGAUUAUUACCGAAAUUAAUUAAAUUACUUGGUCAAAGUGAUAUCAAAAAUAAAACAAUUAUUUUGGGUUUAUUAUAUCAUGCUAGUAUGGAUGACAAAGUAAAAACUAUGUUUAUGAAUACAGAAUGCAUCCAAAUGAUAACAAAUAUGAUUGUAAAUUCUGAAGAUGACCAACCAAAAUUAGAAUUAAUAGCACUUGGUAUAAAUUUGGCAAUUAAUAGUAAAAAUGCACAACUUAUGAUAGAAAGUAAUCGUUUGCAAGGUCUUAUAAAAAAAGCAUUUCGAACUCAAGAUCCUUUAAUAAUGAAAAUGAUUCGAAAUAUUUCUCAACAUGAUUUAGCAAAAGAAAAUUUUGUUGAAUUUGUGGGUGAUUUUGCUAUGGCUUUAAAUCAAUCAGAUUCUCAAGAUUUUGUGCUUGAAGUUAUAGGUGUACUAGGCAAUUUAGAAUUACAUGAUUUGGAUUAUUCACAAAUACUUCAUCGAUGUGAUUUAAUACCAUGGAUACGUAAUAAUCUUGUUCCAGGUAAAGCACCAGACGAUUUAGUACUUGAAAUUGUAAUAUUUUUGGGUACUGCAGCAUUUGACGAAGACUGUGCACGUUUAUUAUGCAAAGCUGAUAUAUUGCUUUCUCUUAUUGAACUUCUUAAAGCAAAACAAGAAGAUGAUGAAAUAGUUUUACAAAUAAUUUAUAUUUUUUAUCAAAUAUCUAAACAUGAUUCAACAAGAGAUUAUUUAAUACGCGAGACUGGUAAUGAAGCACCUGGAUAUCUAAUAGAUCUUAUGCAUGAUAAAAAUGCAGCAAUUAGAAAAGUAUGUGAUGCAUGUUUAGAUGUAAUAGCUAUAUGUGAUAAAAAUUGGGCAGCUCGCAUAAAAGUAGAAAAAUUUAGAUCACAUAAUCAGCAAUGGUUGGAAAUGGUAGAAUCUAUAACAAAUGAUAAUCAUUUAUUACCAGAAGAAGAUGAUAAUCUUUCACCAUUUAUAAAUAAUGAUCUUUUAAAACAUACAAUGCUCUUUCCUUCUGGCAAUGUAACAUCAUUUAAUAUAGAUGAUCGAUUUUCUGUCAUGAAAAAUUCUUCAGAAUCUUCUGAAAAUCAAAGUCGUCCAGUUAGUAGAUAUAAAGAUUUUGAUGAUAUAGGUGAAUUUAUGGCACGUUCUAAGUCUCGUAUGUCUAUUUGUUCUGGUAUUGAUGAUCUUUAUUAUAAUUCCAAAGUUAAAUUUCCAGAAUCAGACAGUUCACAUGUAUUAAUAUAAAAGUUAAUAUGAAAGGUAAUGCACUAUGCACGAUUAGGACAGGAAAAUUAAUGCAUGUAGUAAUUUUUACAUAAUUUAUUAUAUAUAUUUAUCUAUGGAAAAGAAAUUAGAAAGCUUUAAAAUAUGUGUAUGCGAUAAAUUAAUUUGAUCUUACAAUAUUUUUUUUAUAAAUUAAUUUAAUUGACAUAUAUAAAAAUUUCGUUUAAACUAAUUUUUGUAGUCUUAUUAAAUAGUUAAUAUAGUUAAUAGUAUAAUAUAUAUAAUACAUAUACAAAAUGAUAAAAAAGAAGAUUUAUAAUUUUUAAGAUAGAUAUAAUUUUUAGAUAGAUUCAUCAAAUAAAAAAACAAGUUCUAAGAAACAUGAAUUAAUAAAUUAAUAUUUUAAAGUUAUUAAAUAAUUUUUAUUUUUAUUAAAGUGAGUAAUUUAUUUAUUGUUAGAGUAAUUUUUUGAUGCGAAAAUGUCAAGUAUGUAUAAAACUGAAGGAAGUCAAUAAAAAAAUUUCUGCAACUAGAAAAAAUAAUAAGACGAUUCAUUAUUUAUAGGCAGCUAAUUUUUCGAAACAAGUUGCUUUAAUUAAAGAAAAAAUUAUUUAUAAUUUUGAAAAUAUUAAUUUUUCAAUCUAUAUAUAUUUAUAUAUAUACUAGAAUUUUUACUUUAUUUUAUUUAAUAAAAGUUAUGAAUCCUCUUUUUUUUAUCAUUAUAUUAUAUUAAAUUUAUAUGUAAUUUUAAUAUAUAACAAUAGUUUUAGUAUAAUAUAAUACUACAUUAAAAAAUGUUUCUUAUAGCAUUAUAGUAUUUAAUAACAAAAAAUUAAUAAACAGCAAAAAAAAAAUAAAA